AACACGCGAAUAGCCGAGAACGCCGAUAGACAAAAACACUUCCCUUUUGAAGCAGAAUUGGAAAGUGCCCGUUUUCAAGAGCCUUUCUGAGUGCUAUUUUGUGGACGAUAAGUAAAAACGCACCAAACAGUUUGCGGUCUAGCGAGGAUAAAGCCUGCCUAAAAGAUAAAGACUUUAGAAGGAAAGUAUAUAAGACAUAUUAGUUGGAUGGAACCUUAGUCGAUCUUUAAAGUUCCCACUGAAGAAUGUCGUAUCAAUAAACAACUAACCCAAGCGCGCAAAUGAGCCUUCGUAAAUUACGCAAACAUGUUUAGGCUGCGCAAAGCAGCUGAAGUAAAGCCGAGCCUAAGAAUCUUACUCAAUGCAAUGAAACAACCAUUUAAGCGAGGUUAUUUUGUUUUUCAUUUGAACAAGUUCAUAUUUUCUUUUAGGUCGAGAGCGCAACCGAUUAUCCCCAUGGAAUCCUUAUAUUUCGCCCAUUGCAAAACGUAUAUUUGAAUACUUUACAGACUCGUUUUGCGAGCUCUGUCAAAAAGGAAUCGGCUCAUUCGACUUUUUUAUUUCUGUGGGAGUUUUGUUACGGUUUCUUUUUUUGCUUGUUUGUUUGUUUGUUUGUUUGUCCGUUUGUUACCUGGUUAAGCACAAUUUCUGGGAACCGGAGUCGAACCUACGUACUAAAUUUUUAGUAAGAAACAAAAGAGGCUUAUGGAUAGAUGUACCAUACAAUAGUUGGUACUGUGAAGGAGCUCUGAGGCAAUGCGUGCGCGAUUCAAUAAAAAACAAGUUAACGAUAGAUAGUUGUCACUUAGGUAAAUCUUCAUAGCUAUUUUCAGAUCAAAUAUUGUUCUUACACUAGACAAUAAAACCCAGGAAACAUAUCAUAAAUCUAUUGAUAAAAGCUUGAUUAACAUGUUAGAAUUAUCAGAGCUUUAGGAGAACAUCAAUCAAAGUUUUUUCACAGUAAAAUUGUCUAUUGUUCUUAAUCGCUUUCCCACGCUCAGACUAUUUGCAUUUCCAUUCUGUUUUAGGUUCUUUUGUUAUCUAGGCUUGGAGUAAAUAAAGUGAUUUGUUUUCUUUGAGUUUUUUGAACCGCGUCCACGGGGUCAAAUAAUUUACAUAUCUCUACGUGAGAUAUAAACGCUAUGAAUUACAUGUAAACGACGGCACAAAUUGUCUGUAUCUGGGACAAAUUUAUAUGGGAUUAACGGCUGCUAUACCUUCGAAACAUCUUUUAAGAGUCCAGCCUACUGCAUUUCCUUAGGGUUUUACAGACCUCGAUCGUGAACUCCGCUGCAAGCUACUCUGAAGUUUGUUGACAGUAAUCGGAGUGAUGAAUGAUCCGACCACGAAAGGCCUUUUAAACGGGAAUAACACUGAAAAACGGCGCGGUGAUGAAUCUCCUGGUUUUGUUGGAGCGGUACAUACCUCAGGUUACCUAACCGAUGUCGAGAUACAGCCCACAAGCGAGAAGCCUAUGUAUCGCCCGACUGGAUUGUCCAAACGCGAGAUGUUGAUGAUCGCUGGAUUAUUUCUUCUUUUGGUAUUGUGCAUUUUAUUUAUUGCACUGUAUGCAAAAGAGGCUUUAAAGAAGAGUGAUCGCAAAAGCGAAGAUGAGAAAAACGAAUCGAUUGGAUGGAUCCUUGCAGCCUCUGAUCUUCUAAGUGCAAUGAACGCUAGUGCAGACCCAUGCGACGAUUUUUACCAAUACGCUUGUGGAAAGUGGAUCAAAAGGAGUUCUAUUCCAGAUAGCAGGCCUUCCUGGAGUCAGUUCGGCGUCCUUGACCAAAAUAAUGAAAUCAUCAUGAAGAGACUUAUCUUCGAUGACGAAGAUAGUGCAAGAGCUCAAUAUAAAGAUAACGAAGCUGUUAUGAAAGGGUUCGACCUGUUUGAUUCUUGCAUGGAUGAAGACAAAAUCGAAGAACUGGGUGCGGAACCACUCUUUGAUUUAAUCAGGGAGUAUGGAUCAUGGAACGUCACAGAUGGAAACUGGACGGAGGAUUCUUGGAACUUCAUGGAUAAUUUUGUAAAGAUUCAAAAGUAUCUGUCGAUAGCGCCUUUGUUCUCCAUGUAUGUUGGUGCUGAUCUUAAGGACUCCGCGAAAAAUAUCAUUUAUUUUAACCAGGGUGGAAUUUCUAUUUCUCAAGAGUCUUACCUGAAGAAUUCUUCUCGGGAUAUAAAGGUCCGUGCAGCCUACAAAAAAUUCAUGAUUGAUCUUGUGAAACUUCUCACUGACAAUCCAAACGCAAAAGCUUUGAUGACAGAAAUCUACAAUUUCGAAGAAUCGUUAGCGAAGGCAUUUGUUGCUAGAGAGGAGAGGCAAGAUAUACACAAGUCUUAUAAGAAAAUGAAGCUGAGUGAUUUCAACAAAUCAGCUGGAACCGCGAUUGACAUGAUGGAUCUUGUCAGGAGAAUGUUCAAUGAGACGGGUUACACUAUCACGGGAGAUGAAAUGGUCGUGGGGUCCAAUCUUGAGUACUUUAAGAAUAUGUCAGACAUUGUUAAAGCAACUAGCAAAAGAGUGAUGGCAAACUACAUGAUAUGGCAAGUGGUGCGAUAUUUCUCAAGUGAUUUGGACUCAAGAUUCAGAGACGUUUUCCAAGAAUACAGGAAAAGUAUCAUGGGAACCACAGACGACGAUCCUCGAUGGCAGGAAUGUCUUAGUAUUUCAAACCUUUAUUUGGGCAUGCCAUUCAGUCUACUGUAUGUUGACGAGACAUUUGAGGGAGAGAGUAAAAAAUCGGCCGAGGAAAUGGUUCAUGGUAUAAGGGAGGUUUUUCUUACCGAUUUAGAAAAUCUUGACUGGAUGGAUGAAGAAACCAAACGCAAAGCAAAAAAAAAGGCUUUAGCAAUACGGGAAAAUAUUGGCUAUCCUGAAUACAUAAAGAACAAAACGGCGCUGGCCUUGAAGUUCAAAGGGUUUGAUGUGAAGAAGGACCAAUACUUCAAGAACAUUGUACAAGGGACUAAAUUUUAUAAUCUGAAAAACUACGCCAACCUGGGAAAGCCAGUUGAUAAAGAUAGCUGGGCCAUGCUUCCUUCUGUUGUCAACGCCUACUAUUCACCCACUCAUAAUAAAAUAGUUUUCCCUGCUGGAAUCCUGCAGAAACCAUUUUAUGAUCACAGAUUCCCCAAAGCUCUUAACUACGCAGGAAUCGGGGUGGUAGUUGGACACGAAAUAACUCACGGUUUUGACAACACUGGUCGGCUCUUUAACUUAGAUGGCAACUUGGCGAACUGGUGGACAAACAGAUCUAUAGCAGCUUUCAAAAACAAAACAAAGUGUCUUGAGGACCAAUAUUCCAAUUAUAAGUUUCAUUCAAUGAACCUAAAAGGCGACCAAACUCUCGGGGAAAAUAUCGCAGAUAACGCCGGGAUCAAACAAGCGUUUCAGGCCUAUCAGAACUGGAAGAAAAGGCGGGGUCGUCCAGAGCCUAACCUACCCGGGAUGAAAGACUUUACUAAUGAACAAAUAUUUUUCCUUGGAUUUGCUCAGAUUUGGUGCAGAAAAGACCGCCCAUCGGCAAUUGAACAAUCGGUGAAGUUCAGUCGUUAUAGUCCUGCAAAAUUCAGGGUGAUUGGUUCUCUAUCGAACUUUGACGAAUUCGCCAAGGCUUACAAGUGUCCUACAGGAUCUCAAAUGAAUCCUGAGAAGAAAUGCGCUGUGUGGUAAAUACUGUCUUUGGUGACGUAGACCUGACGAGCUCUUCCAAGGAAAGGAGCUCCUUCAUUUACCCGCAUUCAUUGGCGGAAACAUGGGAUUAUUUAAGUAAUAAACGGCAAAACCUUCAUAUUUAUCAUCUGAAUUUAGUAGCGUAACGAACCUUUUUUUAAUGGGACUUCAUAAUAAGCCCAUGAAGCACAUUUUAAGAAUUGCCAGUUUUAGCGGUUCAACACCAGGUGUUUGAAACCUUUCUCGGGUGAACGGCGUUUCAACGUGAAACCCAAAAGCAUAGGCGAGGAUGAACCUUCAUAUAGGGUUUGGCUCAGUAAUAAGUUCUUAAACUCAAUUCAGUAGUGCUCGUAAAGGUGUAACGUUUUCGAUAAGAAGUUCCUUAUGAACUUUGUUCCUUUUAUUGCUCAAACUAUUUUAUAAAACAGCCUCCGUUGCUUAACAGUGCGGGCAGAAUUUAGCUGACAUUGCUUCAAAAGUACCUCUCAUGGCAUUUAUUCCUAGUUUCCAGAUUAUGCCUUGUAUCGAUUUAUAAUUGUUUUUUCGAUUGUUUUUUGUUCCUUAAAACUCACAUAAAAAUGAUGAAAUAAAGCAGUAUGACUCUA